AUUCAUCAAUAAAACCUCCAUGCAAAGCAAAACACAAGUACACAACAAUUCUCCAAAUCGCAUCAAAAUCUUCUACACCCACCGGGAACAACCGUUUCCCGGCAUCCGCCAUGGAUGAUUUUUUCAACACCAUUAACGUACGGGACCUUCUCUCAACUCCCGACAUUGAUGAUCCGUCAUCCCAACUUUCAGCUCCAGAUCUUCGUCUUCUCAUCGAUCGUUUAGAUUCUCAUUCUCACCAUAUCAAGUCGAAAGUUCAAUCUUACAUCCUAUCUAAUCGUGCCAAUUUCUCCGACCUUCUUUCUCUAUCUUCCUCUUCGUUCUCUCAAUCCCUUUCUCUUUCCUCUAAUCUUCAAUCUCUUAUCUCAAUUUUAUCUCCGGAUGAUGAUUGUUUUUCUCAAAUUGAGUCUGUAUUGAAGGAGAUUCGAAUUGGGGUUUCUGAUUUGGAGGUGACAAAGAAUGAGUUGUCGAUUUUGAAGGUGAUUGUUAGGUUAAGUGAGAGAUUGAGGGAAUUGAAGGAGUUGAUUAGGGUUGGGGAUUUUGUUGUAGCGGCGAAAGGAAUUAGGGCUUUGAAAGGGGAGUUGAGAAUUGGGAGUGUUGAUGAGGAGAGAGAAAAUGAGAAAAUUUUUGUUUAUGGAUUGCUUAGGAAAGAAUUGAUGAAUUCUUUUGAAGAGAUUCAAGAUUUGCUUGUCAAGUUUAUGGAUAAUGCUGUGAGGUUUGACCCUCAAAUUGGUCGAAUUCGGGUCGUUUAUUGUCCUGAUGUUGGUGAGGCGCAUCGAGUCCAGCUACCUGCUAUUUUUGAAGCCAUGGAUGUGUUAGGAAUACUUGAUUAUGGACUUGCAAGAACUGCUGACUUGUUUAUAAAGCACGCUAUUGCUCCUGCUGUGAAUGUAAAGGCCCCUGUCUCAUUUCUUGAAGAGUCUACUGGGAGUUUGGAAGAGAGUGGGGAUGCAAUUUUGAAGAUAGUUCCAAAUUCCGAGACAAAGAUAGAAGGCUUGGAUUGCAAUGCUCUGUUCUCAAGGAUGACGGAAGUUGUUAAAUUUAUCUACCAGCACGUAUGCCUUGAAAAUGGUCAUUGGACGCGUUGUUUUGGAAGAUUGACGUGGCCAAGGAUGUCUGAGCUUAUUAUUUCUAACUUCUUCUCCAAGGUGGUUCCUGAUGACGCUUCUAAGUUGGCUGAUUUUCAGAAGAUCAUGAACUCUUCUGCUGAGUUUGAGACAGCUUUAAAGGAGUUCAUGUUUAUUUCAGAGUCUGACAAGAAUGAUGAAAGACUAAGCAACUUUGCUGAUAAUGUGGAGCUGCACUUUGCUGUGAGGAAAAAGACUGAAUUGCUGGCAAACGUUAGGCAGUUGAUUAUACGAUGUGACUUUACUAUUCCUGAAGAGCUCGGCUACAAAGGACCUAAUGCCGAAAAUACCAGAAACAGUGAUUGUGUUAUCAGUCUGCUUUUUUCAUCAGAGAGGUGUAUAGUCUCUAAUGCUGCUUGUCAAUUAAUGAAGUUAGUGAAUCAAACACUUCAAGAUGUUUGCUUGUCAUCUCCACGAGUGGCUUUAGAAUUUUAUCAUGCUGCAAGGGAUGUUCUUUUGUUGUACGAAGCUAUCAUUCCAAUUAAGUUAGAGAGACAGCGUGACAGCAUCAACCAGGCUGCUGUUCUUAUGCACAAUGACUGUCUGUUUCUUUCCCAGGAAAUUCUGGGCCUGGCAUUUGAGUACCGGCCAGACUUUCCUAGCUUGUUGAAAGAGCAUGCCAUAUUUGUUGAUAUUGCUCCCAGAUUGCAGCUGUUGGCAGAAAACAUACUUCAUCAGCACAUUCAAAUUACUAUUUCUAACUUGAGAGAGGCAAUAGAUGGUGCUGACGGAUUUCAGAAUACCCAUCAAAUGCCACAAUACGAGUCUACAAAGUUUAGUUUAGAACGGGUCAUUUUCAUCCUUGAAAAAAUUCGCAUUCUGUGGGAGCCUGUGUUACUGCCUUCCACUUACAAAAAGUCUAUGUGUAUGGUUCUGGAAUCUGUUUUUUCACGGAUUACACAAGACAUACUCCUCCUAGAUGAUAUAGAUGCAGAAGAAACUCUUCAACUUCAAAGACUAAUUCAGUUAUUGCUGGGGAGUUUGUCACCAUUGCUAGAGGCCCUGAGCACCGUCAGUUUUGACAAGAAAUCUGACAACAGCUUUUCACGCCCACUCGAAGCAGAUAUACCAUCUUUGGGAAAAAUUAGAAAAUUGUCCGAACUUCUGGAUAUGUCGUUGAAGUCCAUUACUGAAGCUUGGGAAUGUGGAGACUUGUAUGGUUGUGGAUUCGUUUUAACAGAAGUUGUCGAUUUUAUUAAAGCCAUUUUUACGGACUCGUCCUUGCGGAGAGAUUGCUUGGCCAGAAUAUACAGAAUCAACUUCUAAAACAAUGUCAAUUGUAUCAAGUAACAUAAAUUCACUUCAUGUAGUUCGAACUAGCAAGUUUUCAUCAUAUACAGUCUUCUCAUUUUCGGACCUAUGAAGGAAAUCAUCGUCGUUUUCUAUUUUUCCCCAUUUCGUUUACUUGGUUCGGUUUUUUUGGGAGGAUAGACAUCCUCCCACACAAGAAGGAUUUGUAGCAUUGUUAUUAUGAUCGGGAAGAUGUCUUUGACUUUGUAUAUUUUGCUUUUUGAACAUUUAGGAUUAUAGAUUGUUGCUACUUUCUUCUUCCUAAAGUAUUUGUAGCUUGUAAAUACAUUUUCCUGUAUAGUGUGCAUUUUACAUCGUUCUCAA